AUGAGCCCUCAGAUCUAUGAGGGAACAUAUGACACCGAGUUUCCACUUAACGUCAACGACGAUGAUCUAUCACCUGAAGCAACUAUCAACGUCCGAUAUCGCCUGAUCCUCAAAGGCACCAUGCCAGGACUUGGACUCACGCGACUGUCGGUCGAAGAUACAACACACGCACUCACCGAAAUGAGCACAUUCAUCGAAAAUAAGCGUCUGAAAUACUGCGUUCUCAGCGUCCCCAUUCAAUGGGUCGCUGCCACAAUGACGCGAAUCGCAUUAGCCCGAUCAUGGCUAGUAGCCCACCUUUCGCUCAUCGCGUCCGACGACUUGAUCUCGGAUCUGUGCCAGCAACGGCGCGAAGUACUCUUCCAAACCGCCAUUGAGGUUCUUGAAUUCACUCAUUUACUCGAAAGUAGCGAUGAGACUGCCCACUGGUCCUGGAUGUUUGAGAUGUAUCGGCAAUGGCAUGCGUUUGCCUUUGUCCUUUCUGAGAUAUAUGUACGGCUACCAUCACAGGCGACUGAUCGUGCUUGGACGAUUGCAAAUUUAAUGUUUCAGCGUUGGCAGCAAGAUGGGCCGCCGCAGGGAUGGGUCCUUUGGAAGCCACUUUCUCGUCUUAUGGAACGCGUCACUGCUAAGAGUGCCAAUGAUAUAUCGACGGGUAGUCCCCAGAAGUCACUCGUGUCUUUUCUAGCUGAUUCUACCCAUAUUCGUCGAUCUGGGCCUCUCAGCAGCCAGGAACAAGUACCAGCAGUGCAUUUGACCCCGGAUCGGAUACCUUGGUGA